UCACCAACCAAACCACCGUACAAACCAGAAAAACCCACGUCUCGUCUCCCCUCUCCCAGCCGGAAAUCAAAAGAAAAAGAACAAUGGAUUUCGCCCCCUACCAGUCCUCCCCGCCGGAGCACGCCCGCUCGCCCACCCACAGCGCCGCCGCCUCGCCGCGCACCUCGCUCGAGAACAGCAGCAACGGCCGGCGCGCCGGCGCCUACUCCCCCGCCACCGGCCACUACUACCAGCACCGGCAGUCGCGCUUCUCGCCGCCGCCGCUGCAGCACCCGCAGCCGCAGCGCGCGUGGUCCGGCGAGACCGUCGGCAGGUACCAGAGCCCCGUGCCAGGGCAGGCGGAUGGUCAUGGUGGUGGAAGUGGGGCAUGGGGGGAUGGGACGGCUGUCGGUGGAGGAGGUGGGGGAGGGGCCAGGGUGGGCGACUACUUCGGCGCGCUGGGCGCGCGGGAGGGGAUGGUGUCCGAGUUCGAUACCAGCUUGGGGCUGCGGCUGGACUACGAGGCGUGUCUGGCGUACCUGGCGGUGCCGCCGGUCGGGGCGAUAUUGUUGUUGAUUCUGGAGCGGAAGAGCGAUUAUGUGAGGUUCCAUGCGUGGCAGUCCAGCCUGCUCUUUACGGCGCUGUUUGUCGUUCAUCUGCUGUUUUCGUGGUCCACGUUCCUGAGCUGGUUGUUCUUCCUCGGCGACCUGGCCUUGAUAGCCUGGCUGGUGCUGAAGGCGUAUAGAGACGCGGAUACGUUAGACAGAUACGAAGUACCUAUUUUUGGGCCGAUAGCGAGCAGGAUCCUGGACGACGAGUAAUGCUUGGGCGGAGGUGGGCGUUUGCUUCUAACAGAGACGGCGUACCGGCGAGGUCAUGGCGGUUUUUUCAUCGUCGUAUAAUGUGUAUAUUUCCGGCGAGGACGGCGUUUGAGUUCUGG